AUGACAAUAUUCUGGCUCACACAACUACAAUAUGCUAUCAUCCAAUUCAAGUCUCACCAAAAUACAUCCGAAUUCCCAUCCUGGACUGACUUCCAAGAAGUUCUCCUCCACACGCCAUCCCUCAUCAACACUCGCCUCUGGUCAGUAUACUACACCAAGGAGCACAUGUUCAGCACAAAAGCCCGGGAAUCAUGGUCCCUGCCAGAUCUACAGCCUCUUCCGGGAUUAUUGGAUUCAAACUACGAUGCAUUUUCGGCGCAAGGAAAAGAUCCCGACCGACUUCUUCGAUAUGCCUUUGCUGUGAUUCAGGAUACUGUCAAAUCCGGUUCUCGCCGCGGCCAAGUCGUUAAACAGGCACUCGACUCGCUACAGGCUACUACAAUACGGCUGCGUAAGAAAAAUACUUCCAUGCCUCCAUAUUCUGAAACCCAAGCCUAUUUCUGGAUUCAAAUUGUCCAUGCAGCCAUACAGUCAUUCAAUACCGCUCCAGACAAAUCGAUGAACAGGUCGAUCCUCGAUAUCCCUGUAUCGAGGCUGAGUUCAGCUAGCUUCAACGCUCUCUUUGAUCUGAACUCAGGUACCUGGAAGCAGUAUUACUCCGAGAAAGUAUGGAAUAGCAUCGCGGCGCGCAUGGCAUUUAUUCCUCCGGAUCUAAAACCAUUACCUAACGUUAUCAUCUCAUCAUCUGCAUCUCAACAGAACAUUGCGCUUGUCAAACAGAUGGAAACCUCUAUUUUCCAGCGUGGACCUGAGUCUCCAUCUGCAGAAUAUCUUUCUUUUCGCGCAAUCACUAUUAUCCAAGAAGCUGUCGCGUUGAAUUCACCAGUGACUGAUUCCCCAGUCAUCUUGACCCACACUCACAUGUUACUCUACUUAUACAAAAAGCUUUAUGUUGAGUCUCAAGAUGAGACGUCAAGGAAGGCUGCUUUGGAGGAAGCGUGGAGCAUAUCGGGCCCUCCAGUGAGCUCUGUCACCCACAAAACAUUUUGGAUCCAGGUGUUGGUGGCCGCCGUGACUCGUGAGAAUCGUGAACAAACAAUUGAUGAUUGCCCUCCCGUGGGAGCAGCUAUGUGCUUUGAAAGCUUCAUCCGGAGAAAUUCAUUUCUAGCUUAUGAGGCGCUGUGGAGUGUAUACUAUUCUCCAGAAAUAUGGUACAGCGAGGAGGCUGCUGAGAUGUUUAUUGCACCCGACAGAAGGAAAAUCGCUGGGUCUCUGGCUCCCGGCUCAAUGGAGAAGUUGUUUGAAUGA